CCUUGAUUUUUUUGCGUGUAGCUAUUUCAUGGCAAUUGUUUGUUUGUACUCGCGAUAUUUUUAUUGUUUUUUGAAGUUUUAAUUUUCCAAAAGAUGUGUGAGGACCAAUGUAGAAUAUGUGCUAAAACUGUGCAAGAGAAAGAUGCUACUAAUCUCUUCGACAUUCAAAAUAAAAAUAUCUUGCUUCAGCUCAAAGAUCUUACUGGAGUAAGGCUGAAAAACAAUUUGGGUUUCCCCAAACUUAUGUGUUACGAUUGCAAAAAGGAUUUAAUUAGUGCAUACAAUUUUCGAGAUAAUUUUCUUAGAGUUCAGGCAUCUUUUAAGGUAAAGAGGUCAAGGGGAUAUCGAAAGCCAACCUCUGAAGUCUUAAUAGAAGCCACUGAAUUUGUGCAAGUGUUUGCCGUAAAGGAAGAGAGAAAUAUAGUAAUUGACAAGCAUGAAGUUAUUUCUUCAGCAGAUGAAGAGAAGGAAAUAAAUAUUGAAUCACAAGAUUUAAACAAAAGACAAAUAUUGACAUUUGCUAAAGGAAGCAGAGACGAAAUAAAUGCAUUGGAAUUAAAACCUAACGAAGAAAACACGUUAGAAGAUACAAAGAUUUUAAUAGAAGAAGUAAUUUGUGAAAAAUUAGACGAGAAUUUUGAUACUUCAAAGCCGGUAAGCGACGAAGAAGCCUUAUACAUUAAUGAUAGUGAUGUAGAUUAUAACCCAGAAACUGCAGAGUGUCCAGUAAAGAAGCCGAAAACUAACCGCAAAGGCAAAAAGGCAGAGAGACUACUUGGUGAAGGACAAAACACCAAAAUAAAAAAAGAAAUAACGAAAAGCAGGAAAAAACGUAAAGAUGCUUACGAACAUCCUAAUAUUUUUAUAUGUGAUCAAUGUGGAAAUCAUUUUACUUGUCGUCACCAUUUCAAACUGCAUUUAAGGCGACAUUCAGGUGAUAAGAGAUGUGCUUGCGAGCUUUGCCCCGACAAAUUUUUCACAAGUUCUGAGCUUAGAAGACAUAUGAGGAGGCACACGGGAGAAAGACCGUUCGCUUGUAAAUUUUGCGACAGAAGAUUUACUGAUUAUAGUACACGUAUAAAACACGAAAGGACACAUACUAAUGAAAGACCAUUUAUGUGCUCCCAAUGUGGUAAAUCCUUUACUACAUCUUAUAUACUUAAAAAUCACAUGCUAACACAUACUGGCGAACGACUUUUUAAGUGUGAUGUCUGUAAUAGAUCUUUUACCAGGAGAACUCAUCUUGUAGUGCAUUUUCGAUCUAUCAUGCAUAAGCAAGCUGUUGAAAAAGAUAAACGUCCCACUUCACAAGAGGAAUUGACUCAAUCACGUUGCUUAAUACCACAGUCAACAAAUGUUUCAACUUUUCUUGUUUAGAAUAGACAUACGAAUAAAAAUAAAACAUGUAUAUGAGGGGUUAUUAAAAA